AUGACGUUUGACGUAGCCUCUCCUACCUUGACAUUGACUUUGUGCUCGACAGAUGACGCAUUCGUCGAUUGGUUGGUUCGGGAAAUCGUAGAAAAACACAAGUUUCUUUCUGUUUAGAAUUUGUUAUUUAUUAUCUGUGAUCGCUAUCGCAUCUGGAGUUUUUUCCCAAUCCCCACACUCCGAUAGCACAGAUUAAGAAGCAGCAAAACAGUGAAAAUGAGUUUCUUCGGGAAGCUGUUUACGGGGAAAAAGGGCGAACCAGCCCCGACAGCGAGCGAAGCGAUACAGAAGCUGCGGGACAUAGAAAAUAUGCUCACCAAAAAGCAGGAGUUCCUAGAGAAGAAAAUCGAGCUGGAGAUUGAUACGGCACGGAAGAAUGGUACCAAAAACAAACGAGCGGCCAUCCAGGCACUGAAAAGGAAGAAGCGAUACGAGAAACAGCUCCAGCAGAUUGAUGGCACACUUUCGACGAUCGAAAUGCAGCGGGAAGCGCUGGAAAAUGCGAACACAAACGCGGAAGUACUGAAAACGAUGAAGAAGGCAUCCGAUGCGCUUAAGGUUACCCACAAGGAUAUGAACAUUGAUGAUGUGCAUGAUCUGAUGGACGACAUUGCCGAACAGAACGAUAUUGCGAACGAAAUAUCGAAUGCCGUAUCCAGUGCCGUUGGCUUCGGUCAGGACAUCGAUGAGGACGAGCUGGAGAAGGAGCUGGAGGAGCUCGAGCAGGAAGAGCUCGACAAGGAGCUGCUCGGUGUUCAGCCAGAAACCGACGAGCUACCGGAAGUUCCCUCCACCGACUUGCCUGCCAAGGCCAAGGAGAAGGAGAAAAAGAAGGCUGCCGUCGCGGAGGAAGACGAUCCGGACAUGAAGGAGUUGAUGUCGUGGGCAAACUAACUUCUGACUGGAUCAGGACCUAUGGAUAACAAACCAGAACAUGGUGUGCACUGCAAACAACACGUAUUCGUAUUCGUUGCAGUCAUCUUAUGUUAGUGAUUAGGUUUUUUUUUGUGUCGUAUAAUCCACUUACAUUUAUUAUUUUGCGUUCGUUGUUACGGGAUGAAAUCCGGGUGCAUUAGUUCGUCCUCAAAGUGUAGGGUAAUGACGCGAUCGAAAGUAAAUACCACUUCCUAACGAGAAACAGUCACAAUGAGUUUAAAAUUUGUAUGAGUUUUUGCUUCGCGACUCGCGGUACACCACGCUUUAUGCUUUCGUUUCUCUACGGUUUUUUUUUUUAAUUUGUAUUGUAUACUGCAAUCAGUUCAGUGCAAAGUGAUGUACUCUUGUAGAGCGUGAAAGAGUACCAGAAUAGAAUGCUCGUAAAAGGAUAAGAUCGGAAUCGGAGCGCGCGUUUGCUAGACGAUGGAUGGAUAAUCUGUUCAAUAAAAACAAACUUCUGCAGGCAAACGUUAACUAACAGAGCGCCCGUGGCAUUAUGACCAGCAA